GAGUGAUGAGAUAAGCAUUUUGUUCUCAGGCCACCAUCAGUGAGUGAAAAUGAUGUCCUGUCGACUGAUGAUGCUGUUUUUCUCUCUGAUUCAAGUGGACCCGUCGUUCAUCGUGACCCAGUCGCCGGACGUGGCAGUGGUGGCGUCCGGGGGCUCUGCAACCCUGCAGUGCGACAUAGCGGAGCUCUACUCCUGGUGUUCGCAUGUGGUAUGGCUGAAGCUGGACCGGAGGAGGCCCAUGAUGUUACAGGUGACCGACAGAAUCAAAAUGGUCAACCCAAACGAUGGCAUGGACGGCUCGUGGGUCAACGUUUGUCGGGCGACCUUGCCAGAGGUCACAAUUGAUGAUGCAGGCAUGUAUUACUGUGUGUUGUCACAAGGUCGCUUCGCACACGUUGGGAAUGGAACACGACUCAUGGUAACAGAGUCAAACAGCACCUUCCCAUCUCCCUCCAUUGAGAUCAUCUCACCCAUGGCCUACACCUCCAUAGUGCCUCUUCUGUGCCUGGUGUCUGGCAUCAGCCCGUCCCAGGCCCACGUCUUCUGGGUGAUCAGCGGACGCGUGGAGAGUGGAUGGACAGAUUCUGACCUGGAGGAUGUCGGUGAAUGUGAACCACUGAAAAGGCUCACCCGGAACCAGGUCCUGGUUCCCGUGGAGGAGUGGGAGAGGGGGGUUCAGUGUGCCUGCGUGGUGGAAGUUGCUGGACUGAGCUUCAACAAAACACUGCAGAGAGAUGGUAUCACUGCAGGCGGCUCUCUGGGGUUAAGCAGAGACCAUUGCUUUGCUGUAUAUUACAUUUACUCAGUUGUCUGGGUAACCUCUACUCUCAUGCUUUUGCUUCUGGGUGGAACCACAGCAGUCUGCCUCAUCAAAAACGCAGCCCAAGGCUUCCUUAUACCACAGGAGUGAAGAUGCAAUGGUCCCUCUGCGCUACCGCCAAAGACACAGUUUAUAUGGUUAUUACAGGCUUCAUUUGAAUUAUGUCCAUUCAGUGUUGCAAGUUAUGUGAUAGAAACAAAUAAUAUUCUAGGAGUGUAGGGAAGUUAUGUUUUGGCUUAUCUCAGUCCUGUUGAAACUCCCACUUUAUUCAGUCUCGGAAAUUGUUAUGUGAUGUUAUUUUCUAUUAAACUUGAAAGGGCUCAUGGGAGUAUUUUUUUUGGAACAUUGCUUCAUCUUCCAUGUGUUAUUGCGCUAGUUAUUAUGUUUAUGUCUGUGUAAUUUAGCAGACACUUUUGUCCAGAGUGACUUCAAAAAUCAAACAAUACAAUAGUUACUAAAAUGAACAGUAAACAGUUAUAGAAAGUUGAUGAGACUACAUUAAGUAUAAUGAUAAUAAUAACAAUAAUGUGGAUACAAUAUCAACGACCAGUAAUAAAACAAUUAAAAAAUACCAUAAAUAUACAGAGCACAGCUCAUAUUAUGCUCUAUGUUGCCCGAGGGAAAGUAGCUGAAGAAUGAGAUGUUACGCAGCAGCGGCGCCUUCGCUCUGCCGGUGAAGAGGAAGAACAUCCCGGAGACCAAGACCACCCUCUUUUCCAACACCUCCAGCCCCCCAACACUCACACUGUGCACUUAUUUCAUCUCCUGAUUCUAGGUGGACUAGAAUUAGUAUCUUGUUCUCCUGUAACAUUUCCUGUAACCUCUCCUGAC